AUGUCAGACAAGAUUGAUAAUCUGCGUUGCUUUUCUCAACCGCUUAUUCAUUUAAAUAGAACAAACAACGUGACGCCAGUAUCACUGCCAACUCUCAGUUUAUUAAACGACAUUUCUCGAAAUAGUGUUAAUUUCGAUAAAGUUCAUCUUUCUCUUAGCGUACUAAGAUUGGACCCUGCAGACCGCGCAGUAAUAAAAAUCGCAGAUGAACGUGAUGCAAUACAAAAGAAAGCCUUCACCAACUGGGUUAAUCAACAUUUGGUUAAGCGUAAUUGUUGGGUUCAAGAUUUAUUUUUGGAUUUACGUAAUGGUUACUUACUAGUACGUUUAUUGGAGUGUUUAACGAAUGAAGUAUUGGGGCUUGAAUACAUUGAAAGUCGUGUCCAUUGGAUACAAAAUAUUCAACGUGUAUUAGAUUUUCUUCGAUAUCGUGGCACAAGAGAGCCAGUUAUACGCAUAGUGAAUAUUCGUGCAGAUGAAAUCGUCGAUGGUAAUCCCAAGUUAACAUUAGGCCUUAUUUGGAUUAUAAUUUUACAUUUUCAAUUGGCAGAAUUAAUUGAAAAUCAGACAAAAUUACAAUCGGAUCUUCGUGUUAAUUUAUCCAUGGAUAAUGCGGCUAAACAAACAUUACUUAGUUGGUGUCGAGCAGUCACAGCAAAUUAUCCAGGUGUAUAUAUAAAAGAUUUUACUGAAUCAUGGAAAGAUGGUCGUGCAUUCCUUGCCUUGAUUCAUCGUUAUAGACCGGACUUAAUUGAUUUUCGUCAAGUUGAUCGUCAAUCUGCCCAUGAAAAUCUUGAUUUAACAUUUGACUUAGCUGAACGUGAACUUGAAGUUACUCGUUUAUUCGAUUCAGAAGAUAUUGCAAAAACAACUGAUGAACGAUCGAUUAUAACUUAUGUAGCCUCAAUUUAUGAUAAACUAGUAUGUAAUUCAUCAAAACAUUCAUUAUAUCCAGUACCAAUUGUACCACCUAUGCCUUCUUUAUAUCAUCAUGAUCAAAAUUCUACUAGUAGACCAAUUGAUUCAACUUUUCAACUUCUUAGUGCUUCUAAUCAACUUUCAGAUGAAUUAAAAUCACUUUGGUCAGAUUAUCGUAUUUUAGGUAGUGAUCUAAUACAAUGGUUACGAUCAACUACUGAUCGUAUGGCUAAUCGUCAUUUUCCAUCAGAUUUAAAAUCAAUGCAAGAACGUGUUAUGGAUGAAAUACGACGACAUAGACGUGAUGAACGACCAAGAAGAGAAAGAGAACGUCAACAAUUAGUUCGUAUGUAUGAAGAAUUAAAGCCAUCUUUUGAACGUGGUUUACUACCAAUUGAUUUAUUCCUUCGAAUUGAACAAAUUCACCGAUUAUGGGAUGAAUAUGAUAUUGCUUUACAAGAACGUGAAUUGGCUGCAAGAAAUGAAACUCAUCGUUUAGAUCGUUUACAAUGGGCUGGUAAUCGAGCUCUACGUGAUUGCAUUCAAGUCCAAGCACAGUUGACUGCCUUAGAACGGCGAGUUGUUGAGUUGAAAUCUGAACUACCUGGUCAGCAUAUAUUCGAUACUAAUAAUGAAAUAAGACGUUGGUGUGAUCAACUUACGCAAAUUGAAGCUAAAAUCAAUGGAUUGUUUAAUCAGGUACAGCAUUUACGCACUGGACGAUAUAUGCAAACAGAACAAAUUUAUAGAAAUGUUUGUACAUUACACCAGAAAUUCUUAGAUCUUCAACGUUUAUAUCGAGAAUUUACAUCUUCUUCAACGGUAUUACCACCACCCAGUGUCGUCUCUAGUUCUGUUUGUUCAACAUCUAUGACCAUGUCAAAUCAAUCUACAUUCACAUCUCUUAAAAAUGGUACCAUUUUGGAAAACACUCACCUUAUGCAAGGUAAAUUAAUUAGUCCAAUCGAACAAUGCUUACAAUGGAUUAUGGAACAUUCUCACACUGUACAAACUGCAUCCUAUGGAGCAAAUCGAAAAUCCGUAGAAGAAGCUACUAGGCGUCAUGAACAAUUUCAUCGAGAAGUGUUGAACUUUAAGAACGAAAUCGAUCGAUGCAAAGCUAAUCAACAAAAGCUUCCGACACGAUCAAAAGAAGAGAAACAAGUUCUUAAUGAAUCACUUCAAAUACUUGAACAAAAUUAUCAACAAUUAAUGGAAGCUUCAUUAAAACGUCGAAAUAUGUCGAAGUCAUUAUUGGAAUUUGUAGAACGUGCCCAUAAUGAAUUAAUUUGGCUAAGGGAACAUGAAUCAUUCGAGGUGACUCGAGAUUGGACUGAAAUCUAUCAUAAUGAACUAGAUCGUAUUCGAAUUGAUUUUCAAAAACUUAUGCAUGAGAUACAUGAAAAAGAAAUUGUCUACAGUGAACUCAGUGUAUUAGGCUCAUCUAUCCAAUUGGAAAAUUAUGAUGUAACUGAUCUUGUACAGACUUAUCUAAAUGCUUUGGAACGUCAUUGGGCUUGGUUAUUACAAUUAACCUAUUGUUUUGAAGCACAUAUUGAACAGAGUGCACGAUUUCAAAGUUUUUUCAAUGAUGUUGAACAAUGUGAAUUAUUACUAACUACAUCAUUAGAAGAAUUACGUUCUCUUUAUGAAUCAACGUUAAAUGCAACAACAACUGAACAAGGUGAAACUCUUCUCAAACAAUUACAAGAACUUCAUACUCGUGUAAUUGGUCAAGAGUCAUUUAUAUUUCAAUUAGUAGACAUAAGUCAAGAAAUUAUCCCACCAAUACCAAGUCACGUGGAUGCACGAGACAGUUCAACAACUUUGAUUGGUCGACGUAUACGUGUUCUAUGCUCAUUCCAACCUAAAGAUUAUUUCUCCGAUAAUCAAUCCUAUUCCGGUGAUGUAUCAAUCGUUAAUUCCGCCAAUACAAGUCAUUUAUCGAUUGCAAACGCAAGUAUUAGUAGUAUUAUAGAGCCAACAUUUUGGCCAGUCGGCAACAAUACAGGUUAUUUUGAUAAAGGUGAUUUUUUCAUAAUAUUGGAAAAUCCAGAAAAUCAUAAGCUUCAGGUUCGUACAGCUAAUGGAUCUACACUAACUGUUCCUUUGACAUGUUUUCUGCCUUGUUGGCCUAGUAGCGAAGCAAUGGAUCGAGCUAAACGUAUUAUUACAACUUUACAACAUUUUAAAACAUGUUGGUCUGAAUUGAAUUUACGAAUACAUGGACAUUUAUUAACUGUAACAAUGUCUAAAUUUAUUGAUGGUGCACCUUUUCAGUAUAAUAUUCCACAACAAAUGGAUAUACGAAAAGUAAUUUAUCGUGAUGCUGAACGUUAUUGUUUAGAAUUGCAACUAGCUAAUGUACCAGCGACAGAAGUGGAGAAAUUUAAGCAACAUUUUCUAGAUUUUCAAAAUAGUUGCAUUGAACAGGUGAAUGGUGUUCCAACUACUGAUGACAAGACUAGUAUUUGUAAUGAAGCUUUAUUGACCAAAUCAUCAGAAAUUUAUUCAAUUAUCGAUGAACUGAGAACAGUGUUGAGUACGUUGACAGUACGUCUUAGAGAGUCGAAUUCAAUACCCUUACCAGGUAGAUCAAUAGAUAUGGAAGUUCGUAUUAAAGAUCACAAGGAAUGGUCUCAUGCUUUAGCUCGUGUUCGUGCUCAAUGUACAGGAUUAGAAGAACAUAUCAAUAAUCAGUUACAAUCACGAUCAUUGAAUGAACAAGAUACACUGUUGAGUACAAGUCUUUAUGCUCUACAUAGAGCAGCUAGUGAACUAGCACUAACUGGUCAUGAAUUUUCUUGUCGAUUAGCUGAUACUGACGCAUGGAUCGCUCGUUUAGAACAAACCGAUCAAAUACUAACGGACUGUGAAUUAUGUCUACUAGGCUGUGCAGUACGUGUACAUGGUCUAUUACAACUUGAUGAUCUGAAUAGUUCAACUGAUCCAGAUGGUCUUCGUGUUACAGUGGUGGAAAGAGCUCAUCGAGAUUUAAAGUCGGUAGCUGAGCGUCUUCCUCAAAUUCGAUCUGAUCUAGAUUUACUUAGUCAACAAUUAACUAGAUUUAUGGUUUCCAAUGAGGCAUUUAAUGAAACGCUCCAGUAUGAUACUGCUACUAACCUAUAUGAAAGUUCAAACCUGUUAAAGAUGCAUUUAUCACCUUGUACUGAUAAUCAUUAUUUAGAAUCAAAUCUUGCUUGUUCUGAACAUCGUCUAGCUGAAGCAACUAAAGAAGUUGAACAAGAACUCAAAUCAUUUGGUGAAUCACUGGUCUGUUUCUCAAACUAUCAAAAGUUAUCCAGUCAACUUAUUGUGUGGUCAAGUGAAUUCUCUUCUCGUAUGCGAUUAUUUGGUGAAAUGGCUCAGUCUUUAGGAUUAAAAUCAUCCGAUACAAAUAUGAUUACUGCACAAAACCCUAGUUUAUUAAAAGAAAUUCUUAAACAGUCUGAUGAUUUACUAACAGAUUUGCAAGUUAAUUCAGAUGUUAUGGAACAACUGAAUAAAGAAGUAGCUCAUUUAAUAUCCUCAUUAACUAAUUAUGCGCAACAUACUCAAAAUUAUCGUGAAUUAGUUGAGAGUGUGUUUCAGAAAGCUGGUGGUUCACGAGAUUAUCAAUGGUCACCAGGAUAUGGUUUAUUCGAUAUGGGUAGAGUAUUACAAACAACUGAUCAGCUGAAUGAACAAUUUAAUACACAUUCUCGUCGUAUAUAUGAUAUAGUGAAUUGUUUAAAUCGGCUUCUGCGAUCCGAAGAACCUAUCUCUAUGAAUUUAUCUGGUCCAGUUUUUGUAAAGCCUUAUCGUGAACUAUACAUAGGCAAAUGGCCAAAUGAAUUAAACAAUUGUUUAAAGGAAACUCAAUCGUCUUUUUCUCCCUUGGUAUCACGAUCAAAGUAUCAAGAAAAUGGAAAAGACCACACAUUACCAUCAAAAGUUGCAAAUAAUUCAAAAGAUAAAAACCAUUCAGAUUUAUCGUAUUUUAAUCAACUAAUCGGGGAAAAGGGACUCAAAUAUAGUGUAUAUCUUAAUGAUGUACGAAGUCAACCGGUGUGUUUACUCCCAACUGGUUGGGAAGCAGCUACAUUGACUACAAUAUCCAAAGCACGUGAAUUAUAUGGACCAAAAAUUUUCCAACUACUGGUGCAUGGAGAUGCACUACGAUGUGGAUUAAUUGAUUUAGUUGGGCAUAACUGUCAUCAAAAUCGAAGUUCACUUGCCAUUUCCUGGUCUGAAGCUAUUGAUCGUGGUUGGUUAACUGCCUAUACUAUUCAGGCUUUAAACAGAAAUAUAAAAAUUGGUGAUUAUAGUGCAUCUGUAACAGAUUUUUUGACUAGUCCUUCGCGUAACCCUGUCGAUCGUCAUAUCGACCCAAAGACUGGCGUAGUCAUGCCAUAUGGCAAAAAAAUUAUUGAUUUAUACUCAGAUGGAUUCAUAAAUGAGGCAGAUUUUCAUCAUUUAGCUUCUAUUCUAUGUAGUGGCAUGUGUGUAGAAUUUCGAGAUUGUCACUUGACAUGGUAUGAAGCCCUGAGCAUUGGUCAAGCAGAUAUAUCUUGGAAACCUUGUCUAUCUGAUUGGUUAGCUGCUGGUGCGUACAAUCCAAAUACACGACGUUUACGUGUCAGUUUACUAAAGUCUGGAAAAGUUAAUAACAAAAGUAAAGCAUCGAAUAAUUCAUUAGUGUUUACUGAAAAUGAGUUGACAAUCAGAGAUGCAAUUAAAAAUGGACUUUUGGACAAUACUGUCCCAGAAGUCAUUGUACCUGUUGAAAACCAGGUGGGUGGCUACCAUGCUACCUCUUAUCGACGUGUCAGUCUGUCUGAAGCUGUUCAAAUAGGUCUUGUUGAUGAUGUAUCUGGUUAUUGGCUCGGGUCAAGUUCAUCUUCCAGUCGAACGAAGGUUGGUGUGGAAGUGGCUCAAGCUGCUGGCUUAUUAACUAAAGCUCCUUGUCUAGCUGAAAUUGUUUUAUCUGGUCUAAUAUCUUUUACUGCUCCGAACAUGAGUGAGAAACAUCCUAGAAACAAUGUGGGUAUUCUUGAUGCCCACACUGGUCAAUACGUAUUGUUUCCAGAAGCAAUUAAACGUGGAAUGAUAGUUGGAAAUCAACCAGCCAUAAUUCUUAUGCAAUCCCAUCCCAAUCAAGUAUUGACUUUAGUCGAAGCUCUGAAUACAAACCUAAUCACGCCGUCCGGAUUUAUAAUUUUGGAAAACAAACCUAUGAAUUUGUGGGAUGCAGUUAACAAUAAUUAUAUUCGACUUAUAUAUACUAAAUCGUAUCCACCGCCUGUAGGUUUAUUACUGGGUGCUAAGGAAUCAAAUCAGACGCAUCGUCAACAUCCUAUAUUACAAGCUAUUCUUACAGGACUAAUUGAUUCAUCGAAAGAGGAGAUUAUUCUUUCUAGCACAGACCCACGUCAACAUGGGACAAGCUCUUCGCAACAACGUAUCUCUUUAAGAAAAUCAGCUAAGCAUUCAGGAUUGUGUGACUUACACUCUAUACAGUUAUUAACUCAAGGAUGUGGAUUAUUCAAUGAAGAUGGUCGUGAGCUAACUGGUUUGGAAGCACUUAACUGUGGUUGGUUAAAACCAUGUGAAGAUUUUCAAUUCGGUUCAACUAUAACAUAUGGACAAAUAACAGAUCCUAUUAUUGGGGCUCAAUUACUGUUAGGCUUAUCUAUCAAUCGUCCUUCUUUGGCUUAUUUAAUUAAUCAACGUUUUAUAACACGUUUAGCAUGGCUUGGUCCAGGUUUACAUAAUGAUAAUUUAGUAAAUAAAACACUGAAUGAUUCAUGGUUCACACAUAGCUGUCGGUCUGAUGAUAUAUUAGCUGUUAUGGAUCCAAUUAGUAGACGUAAGAUCACACAAUCAGAAGCGAUUCGCCGUCAUCUACUGGACAUGGAGACUGGUACAUUUCGAGAUCCUGUUCAUAAUCAAAUUUAUCCAAUUAGUGAAGCAAUAGAAAAAGGACAUAUUUUAGUGAAAGAAAAAUCUCUUAUGGGUAACACGUCAUCCGUACCCCACUCACUUCAUUCAGAAGUAAAUGAAUCAGUCGAAAUGGUUUCUGUCAAGGAGACUCGUCUAUAUAAGAUUUUAAAUGUUCUCGAUCCUCGUACCGGGACUCGGAUUGAUCCAAACGAAGCUGCUAAGAAAGGUCUUAUCAAUUUGGAAUCUUUCACAUACCAUGGUGUACAACCAAGUAUUCCAAUUGAAUCAGCACAACAAUUAGGUUAUAUAUCAAUUUACGGCAAUAAUUCUGAAGCCUCUCAUGAUAGUCUUAUGGUAGAUACUACAGAUAAGUUAUCAUAUACUUUAGUUCAAUUAUUUAAUAAUGGUCAACUAGUUAAACAGUCUGGAUCGAAAUGUGUUAUCAAAUUCCCAGGAUACACAGAUCCAAUGUCUUUAAAUGCAGCUAUUACAUUGGGUUUAGUUAAUGUUGAACAUUCAAUAGUGAAAGAAUUUAACACAGAAAAAUUGUAUUCAUUGGAUAAAGCUAUUUUAGUUGGUUUAAUAAAUGAUCACAAAGGUCUUUUAUCGUAUAAAAAUAAAUGGAUUCCAUUAACUGAUGCUAUAAACCGAGGUUUGAUAACUGAGAAAAAAUUACCAACAGAAAUACCGACUUUUGAAGAAGCUCUUGAGAAAGGAUUAAUUGAUCCAGCCUCAAAUACUUUUCAUCAAUCAGACAACAAUAGUAAUUCUAAUCGGUCGUAUUCUAUAAAUGUUCAUGAUGCUAUUAAACAAGGAUUAUUGAAACCUCCGGCUACUGAAACUUUUGGAAAUCUCAAUAGUUUACCAAAUAAAGGAUAUACUCAUAGUAUGGAUUCCUUAUUAGCUAUUAAAAGACGAAGUGCAAAAGAUUCCAAUUAUACUGCUGAACUACGCAAUAAUACAUUACCUCCUAUCAUACCAUCUGGCCAUUUAUUAAGUAAUGGAAACGAUUUUAUUGCUAACAGUGGUCGUACUGAAUCAAAAUUGAUCAAAUUCUUAGAUUGUCAUGGUGUUGGACGACUACGUGGUAAAUCAUCGCAUUGUAAUUUACGCUCAAAAUCUACAGUAAACGAUGGAGAUGAAUAUACUAUUCGUAAAAACCUAGAGUAA